CUAAAACUCCCAUUUAUUAUUUAUACGCCUUUUCGGAUUCUUGGUUCUUUUUAGCUUCUAUAUAAGGCUCACAAAAAAGUGCAAACAAAUAAACAAACCAAACCCCAUAAAGAAAGAAACGUUUAUUCAAGAUAUUAGCUUUGUGGAGACGCCUGUUAUUGAAAGGGAGCUAAAAUUGUUGGACCAGCUGAGCAUUACUUGCCAAAAAUUUGAACUUUCUUGCUUUUUUGGGCAGGAAGAUAGAUAAAGCUCAAACCUUUGGCUUAUUUUGUUUCUUGGAUUAGCUAAACAAGAAUAGCAGGACUACCAAGACCGAAAAAGGGAAAAUUUUCGGUUUUUUGGAGAGAUUUGUCUUGGAUGACAAGAACACUGUUUUGCCUUUGAGGGAAGCAGUUAAUAGGUAGAAAAGAUGGAUAGGGUGCCAAGGUUUCUUGUUGAGGUUCUAACAGAACCGCAACGAGGAGGAGAGUCGUUUCUCGGGACCAUUAAGAUUGCUGUUUUACCAAUUGCAAAAGUUUUUACUUUGUGCUUCUUGGGAUUUCUGAUGGCCUCCAAGUAUGUCAAUAUUCUUCCAGCAAAUGGAAGGAAGCUUUUAAAUGGGUUGGUAUUUUCACUUCUGCUGCCAUGCUUGAUAUUCUCUCAACUUGGACAAGCCAUUACAUAUGAAAAAUUGCUUCAGUGGUGGUUCAUACCUGUUAACAUUGUUAUCACGACCGUAUUAGGUUCUAUCAUCGGUUUUAUUGUUGCUACGAUCAUCCGUCCACCCUACCCUUAUUUCAAAUUUACCAUUAUACAGAUUGGCAUUGGGAAUAUUGGAAAUGUUCCACUUGUCCUGAUAGCUGCAUUAUGUCGUGACAAAUCAAAUCCUUUCGGUGACUCUGAAAUAUGUUCGCGAGAUGGUAAUGCGUACAUCUCAUUUGGCCAGUGGGUUGGUGCAAUUAUCCUCUACACCUAUGUAUUCCAGAUGCUCGCACCUCCUCCUGAGCUCGGCACCUUUGACGUUGAAGAUGCAAACCUUCCUAUCAAGACUCCUAACAAAGAUAGAUUGCCGAGCCAUCCAUCAGGUACUUCUGCAGAGCAAGUUCCAUUACUUACAGCCAAUGCUGCACCAGCUGACUCUAGUGGUUCAAACAAAGAAAAGGUUAAAGAGUUCUUUAAAUUUCUGUAUGAGAAACUGAAGCUCAAGCAAAUAAUUCAACCUCCUAUUAUAGCUUCUAUCUUAGCGAUUGUCAUAGGAUGUGUGCCAGUCCUGAGGCGCCAGGUCUUUACUUCUGAUGCUCCACUUUACUUCUUCACUGACAGCUGCUUGAUUCUUGGGGAUGCCAUGAUUCCCUGCAUAUUGUUGGCUCUAGGAGGCAAUCUUGUUGAUGGACCAGGACCUGGAAGUUCAAAACUUGGUCUAAAAACAACUGCUGCAAUUGUCUUUGCACGGCUGUGUUUGGUUCCUCCAACUGGACUUGGCGUUGUCAUGUUAGUUGAUAAGCUUGGCUGGCUUCCUGCUGGUGAUAAAAUGUUCAGAUUUGUUCUUCUUCUUCAGUAUACGAUGCCCACAUCCAUACUUGCUGGUGCUGUUGCCAACUUGAGAGGGUGUGGGAAGGAGGCAGCUGCUAUCUUGUUUUGGGUUCAUAUCUUUGCUAUUUUCUCUAUGGCUGGAUGGAUCAUCCUCUACAUCAGCAUACUCUUUUAAGUUAGGAUAAAAAACAGUGUUGCUACACAGGGUUAAAGAAGAGAUCUUGGAUGUGAAGUUUUUAUUCCACUUACCCAAGAUCGUGCCAUCCUUGUCGAAAAGCUGUUCAUUGUUCGUAAUCACAGAGAGAGAUGUAGUGAUUAUUAAUGUAGGAAUGUAAUAUCUACUGCUACUAUAUCUAUAAGUAUAAUUAGUCAUGGUGGAGGAGUUAACUAAACUGCUCCUUAUUUAUUCUUGGCUUCUUCCGCUGGUGGCUAGGUCAAAGUUGGAUUGAGCAUUUGGUAAAGACAAAGAUGAGACUUUAUGUUCAUUUGGGAAAAUAAGUAAGUAGGAUUUGUUUGUGACAUUUGUAAUCAGAAGACGAUAACUUCAAGUAAUGAUCAGAAAAAUAAAUAAACUGUUGUCGCUCUA